ACUUAAAAGAAGGUAUAGAUUGUAAGUUGAAGUGCAUCGCGAUGGCUCAGGGAUUACUGCCAAAUCAAACAACCCAAGCAUUGUGGUUACUUUCUCAAAAUCCUCAACAAUUAGUCUUCAUUCCAAGGGGUCCAAUUGCAUUGGAUGUGCCAAAAAGUUUUUUCCCGCCACGUCUUGCUGGCAAGGCUGACAAGAUUUUUGAUCAAUAUGAGGGUAACCCAUGGCUGAAGAGGAUAAGCGUUCUUGAUAUACAAGAGCCAAAUUUAGAUUUUGCGGCUAGACAUGGAAGAAAAGCACCAUUUACAUUGUUCAAUCCAAAUGACAGAAAUGUCAGUUCUCAGUUAAUUUCGUUGCUGAUGGCGCAAAAGGAUCCAAAGAGUCUGAUUUCGAUGGCAGCGUAUAUAAGAGACCGUGUGAACCCGUUUCUGUUUCAAUACGCCUAUUCAGUAGCCCUGCAACAUAUGCAAGUCACCAAAGGCAUUGAAAUACCCUCUGUUGUUUCUCAAUUUCCGGGUAACUUCAUCGAUCCUUCAAUCAUUCAAGAUGCCAAAGAAGAAUUAAGCAUUGUUCCUCUGGAAAGCCAAGAAAAGAACGUUUUUGAAGUCCCAUUGAAUACAUUCAAUCGUGAAGAAGAACAACGAAUGGAUUAUUUCCGUGAGGAUAUCGGUAUCAAUAUGCAUCAUUGGCAUUGGCAUCUUGUCUUCCCGAACAAUGGCCCCAUUGAAGUUGUUCGGAAGGAUCGUCGUGGUGAACUUUUUAUGUAUAUGCACAAUCAGAUACUUUCCCGCUAUAAUCUCGAUCGGUUAUGCAAUAAUCUUGGAAGAACUGUACCACUCACGAAUCUACGAGAACCCAUUCCGGAAGGUUACUAUCCGAAACUUUUAGAUACAGUUUCGAAUCGAACAUAUCCACCUCGAAUGCCUGGACAAAAGUUACACGACAUGAACCGUCCCGAUUUGAUCACAACACUGGCGGAUCUUGAACUUUGGAGGAACCGAAUAAUCGGUUCUAUUGAUCGGGGAUCUGUGUUUGACCCCGCCGGAAAUCAAAUUCCAAUGGAUGAAAAAACAGGGAUCGAUCUGCUUGGAAAUCUUAUAGAAUCAUCAGCGCUAUCGAUUAAUCCCCAGUUCUAUGGUGAUCUUCACAAUAGGGGCCAUUUGAUUAUCUCAUAUAUCCAUGAUCCAGAUUCAAAGUAUACCCGAGAAUACAGUGUUAUGGGUGACACCAUUACCGCAAUGAGAGACCCAGUUUUCUACCGCUGGCAUAUGUUUAUAGAACUUCUAGGCGCUAGACACAAGGCAUUUUUGCCACCUUAUCAACCAAAAGAGUUGGGAAGUGAACAAAUUGUUGUCGAAGAUUUCAUAACCAUAUGCAAGUCAAAAGGGUCCCAACCAAAUGUUAUGAACACCUUUUGGCAAAAGAGCGAUGUUGAUAUUGGUGUUAAUCUCGAUGGACGCCAGAAUGAGUCUUCGGCUACCUUUAGGUUUACGCAUCUUGCUCACGAGCCAUUUGACUAUCGUGUAUCUGUUAAUAAUACGGGUGGUAUAAUUGAGACGACUUGUCGAAUAUUUUUAUUGCCCAUCGAAGAUGAACGUAUGAUCGAACUUACACUUGACGAACAACGUCUAAUGGCCGUCGAAAUGGAUCGUUUUUCUGUUGUUUUGAAACCAGGACAAAACAUUAUACGCCGCUCCUCAACAGAUUCCAGUGUUACAAUUCCCUUCAAUCAGACCUUCAAGCCUAACACUGCCCCUGGAGACUUGAAUAAUCCCGAAGUUUGUCUUAAGAACUAUUGUAGCUGUGGUUGGCCGAGUCACAUGUUGCUGCCAAAGGGUACCCCUGAAGGGAAAAUGUUUAAACUUUUCAUAAUGCUAUCAGAAGAUUCACUUGGUACUUUAAAUGCCCAGCCAAGUUUUCUGGAAUUGAAUGCUCGUUUUAAGGGUGAGACAAAGAAUGCAGGAAAAAAUUAUAAUGCAUUUUCAUUCUGUGGCUUGAAGGAUGAAAAGUAUCCAGAUCAACGUAGUAUGGGAUUUCCGUUUGAUAGACGACUACCAGCCCUUUAUUUGGAAGGACUGCUGGAUGACUACAAGAAUAUGAAAACUUGUGAUCUUAAUAUUGUGUUUCAUGAAAAAGUUAACGAAUAAAUGGUUCAUGUGAUUAUAAAUUAUAAAAUAAAUAAAUUCAAAACA